UGGCUGAUAUAGCUUAUCGGAGGGGGCGGUCACCAAUACCUCAUCAACGUCGGGCUUCGUUGGGACAUUUAGAUCCACCCCCUAAUACCAUAGCUAUCAGCACUGUGCUCUGCUGCGGUUCGGCUGGCUUUCCUGUGCUUAGAUAGUCGCGUUCGUAUUUAACGUGUUCGCUAGGGUGAAAAACCGCUUUGAAACUUCCAGUUUCCUUACAAAAUGGCGAGUCAACAGGUUUGGGUGGAGGCGUGAUCUCCGGAGGGUCGGGAGUCCGGAGGGAUCGCGCCGGAGAUCGCUCUCCUGCAAUGAGCAGUAAAUGGCCCGCUUUUUCAAAGCUCUUGAGUUUGACGAGAUAUUGAAGAUUUGAAUGCAUCGUAGGAUGUACCGACAGCGAACUAGUGAGAAAGAGAGAAAAAAGGAUACUCAAAGUGUUGUGGUGGUGCAAACUCGUCAACGUAGGAAAUUGUGCAGUCCCUGGAUUAUGGUAACAGGUUGCUGAGAGCGUCUCCUAUGAAUUCCUUACCAGCUUUGGUCUGCCUGUCAUGUUGAACGAUUCGCUUUCGUGAACGAUCCGCAUUAGGUCGAGAUCAAGAAAUCGAACAAACCCUCUUUUCAGUGGAAUGCCCUCAGUCAAUUGAAACCUACACAACCUCAGCAUGUGCAAGGUGCCCAGCAUACAAUCACUUCAUGGAGGUGACGGGUCAAAUUCAAGCGGCAGUACGACGAAAAGGGCAAACUCUGACGGGUCGCUCGGUAACGUGCCACCGGCGGAGAACGGAACCCACGUACAGAUAAAACAGGUCAAAACGAAAAAUGUCAGGUUUCAUGAAAAAAUGGAGCCAGGAGCGCCAUUUCCAUCGGAUGCGAUUGCAAUGAGCAAGAAAGAGGUGUUGGCGCUGUUGGUCGUGUUCAUCAUGUUCGUGGUCCUGGGGGGAGCUGUUUUCAUGGCCGUCGAAGGACCUCACGAAGUCGAAAGGCGAAAAGAACUCGCAGAACUCAAGAAGAAACUUUUUGACAAACUUAACAAGCUGCAUCAUCCGGACUUCACUCGAGAAGAGAUGGUAUCCAUGAUUCAGAACUUGACAAAUGCACGAAUGCGCAAUCUAAUCGAUAUGACUGGCAAGGAGACGAACGUCAACUGGAACUUCUAUAAUUCAUUCUUUUUCGCUAUUACCGUUGUCACCACUAUAGGAUACGGCCAUGUCUCGCCUUCGACCGUUGCAGGAAGACUGUUCUGUGUCGCAUACGCGAUGCUAGGCGUCCCUCUCACUGGCAUCCUGCUCGCUGCCAUUGGUGAUCAUUUUAGCAAACAUCUUGUUAAGAGAAUAAAUGCUGCCCGAAGGGUGUAUACAUCGAAGAUAGCGCUAGCUGUGAACGCGGCGACGUUUCUCGUGCCAUGGUUAAUCGUCUUCCUAAUCUUACCCGCCGGAUUGUUCAUGUACAUCGAAGAAUGGACCUACCUCGAGGCUCUAUACUAUUGCUUUAUCUCACUCGCUACUAUCGGCUUUGGGGAUUACGUUGCUGGUAAUUUCGAAGGUGACUAUAUAUGGAUAUAUAAGGCAGCCGUUGUCUUGUGGAUUAUCUUUGGCCUGGGUUACCUCGCGAUGAUUCUCAACUACAUCAGUAGAGCAAUGCGUUCAAAAAAGGUGCGUCGGAUAGAGCAUCGGCUCUCCUCAAGCUUCCAAAGUACCCAGCAGAAGCUCGGAGCCCGGCUGGAUGAGAUGCAAAAAAUUCUACAGGAGUUUGCCGUUAAACAGCGCAAAACUCGCCCGUCACCGAAGAAGAGCCGCUCCUUCGGUAACAUGGUGGAGGAAUCCGAACGCGAGGGGGGCUGCGGUACUUACAAGGCAGUUCUGAGCGGUCGGCCGGGCUCACGAGUGACAAUCGUUGAGCAUCCCAACUCCGAAAGAAGCGAGAGCGGCGACAUAGAGCGAUUGCUUACGCUCGUCGAAGUGCUCAAGGAGGAAUCGUCCCAGAAUCUCUUCCGUACUAAGCAGCUGCUCGAGGAUACCGAACGGGAUUUGCUGUCGUUUUGCCGGGAGGAUUCGGCAAGCUCAGCGGGUGGCAUCGCGCUCAGCCACAUUCCAAGCACCACUAACAGGCGACACUCACUGCCGGUCCUGCUUACACCAUCUCCGCCCACAUCGGGCGAUUCGCUUAGCGGCGACGUAGGCCCAUCCGUAGGCGCAGGCGCGAUCGGCUCGAGCACCGGAAACACUAACCUGAUGUCGCCCCGUGCAGAGUUUGCCUCCUCGCCCGGGAACGCCUCGCUACUCGGCCGCUCGUUCCAGUCGUUCCUGUACCGUAAGAGACCAGACAUCCUCGACUUAGAAUCGGGUGGUGGCCAAAAGAACAACAGCAAUGCGAGCCAUAGGAUGGCCAGCAACAGGGGCAAUAGCCAUCACUCAGAUGGAAGUGCGGUUGGGUCGUGUGGGCCGGCGCCCAGACAUCGGGACAGCAACCUAAACCGAUUCGACCGCGUGAAUGGGUUUGACCAGCUUGACGAGCUAGGUGCACUCGAUGCCGAUUUGGAGAGCAGUCGCAUGUAGGGCGACGGCGGCAACUUCGGGCCAGACCUCGACGAUGCCGCCAGCCCCACGGAUGGAGGCUCGCCUCUGUCGAUGAUCGAGUUGCCUUCUGCAGGCCUUCGGCUAUUCACGCCAACGAGACCGGUACCAAGGUGCCCGCCAGUACUGGACCAAAGGGCGACCCGAUCCCGAUCAAGAUCACCAGUACAACGACCGCCGCGUACCACAGCAGCUGCUUGCACAGUUCGGAGGGUCCGCUCACUUCAACGGCCGACACCAUCUCCGACAAGCCUGCUUUUUCAAGAAGCUGGUGCUAUGGGUGGUGCAGUAUCAUACGCCUCCCAUUCACAACGCGCGCGUCGCUCGCUGGCCACCGAAUUUCUUAGUAUGGCGACACUGCUUCCGCCUGAGAGCGAAGUGUAGACCCAACGAAAAGGAAGUGACGAAUAGUGACUAUGAUUAGCUUAGAUCAUUUUUGUGUUAAUCCUCAAUUCCAUGAAUUGAAGCUUGAGGCAGAGAAAACGCGACAACCCAAAACAACAACAUCAGACAGGCAGAAUACCGUACGAGAAGGAAUCGAGGCAGAACUGCUCACUAUGACGACAGGAUCCUCGAGACGAUGCGUGAUUGGAUUAGUCACAAGCACAACGUAAAUAUAGUCUAAUGCACUACAAUUCAAUGGUAACAACAGCAGCAAAAUCCAAUGGAAUAAUGCAUGAUAACAUACUGGUUGUGUACAAUACAUAGGAAAACAAGCUGUAAACAGAAAUUCAAAAAGAUACAGUAAUGAAACGAGGUAUAUAUUUAUAAGAAAAACCAAACAUGAAUCAUAAACAGGCACCAAUACCCUGU